AUGGCCAUGGCUCUCCGCAGCUUUGUUGCCGUGGCUCUGCUAGCCGUCGUUGUGGCCGAGGACAUCCCUCAACUUCCCGCGACGGCGCUGGAAGCGCUGCCCCAGAGCUUCUGGGACAACUUCGUCUACUGCAAGUGUGGCUUGUCCUGUGCGGAGAAGGAUGGCUCCAUCGGCAAGGCAUGUGGCUGCCUGGUAUGCCCGGAGAGCAACGGCACCUCCCUGCGCGGCAGUCAGCCCUCCCAUGCCGACCAGAAGUCUGCGGUGAGUGCUGAGAUUGAACAGGUGCCGGCGCGGCAGGGCACCCCCCAGGUGCCGGAGAAAAGCUUCGCUUCCGGCUGGGACCUGCCAUCCGUCAGCCCGGUCUCUUGCCCUUGCGGCAAGUACUGUGCGAAGGGACGCAUUCUCGGACUUUGGAACUACUGGUGCUUCCGCUACGAGUGCAAGACUUGCUGA